UAUUUUUAUUCAUCCAAAUCAAAACUCUUUCUCUCUCCUGUUUCUCUCUCUUCCAUUCUAUCUAUCCAUUUCUGUCCAUCGCCGACAACCGCCAAUUCCCUCCAUUUCAAAGCAAACCCCUUUCUUAUCUCUCUUUUCAGUUGUCGCUCAAAACUUGCAAUGUUCUAAAUUAUUCUCCAUUCUUCACUUUCGCAAGUUUACAUCUGUUUUGCAAAUACUUUUACGGACCAUGCAUAUGAGAGAUGUUGCUGGAGCUUCGAAAUCCUUAUUGCAGAAUAACUAUGACAACUGGAUGCAUUAUCUGACUGUCUGGAUUUGAAGUUUACAUUUGUGCUUCAGCUAAUAUUGUUUGCAUCACAGAAACUUUCACCAAUAGAUUUUACUUUUCAAAUUGGUUCAAUAUGUCAGAAAUUGACAUGGCGGUUAUUAAACCAGAGAUGAUGAAGCCUUAUAUCUGGCUUGAGACAUCAGAUGGUUCAAUCCAGCAAGUGGAACAAGAAAUUGCAAUGUAUUGCCCUUUGAUUUGUAAAGAAAUAAUACAAAAAGGGAUGGGAUCUUCCAAGAAUUGUGCAAUAUGUCUUCCUCAACGAGUCAGUCCUGCAACAUUGAGCUUAAUUCUUGAUUAUUGUCGUUUUCAUCAAGUACCAGGUCGCUCAAACAAGGAAAGGAAGUCUUAUGAUGAAAAGUUUGUUAGGAUGGACACUAAGCGGCUGUGUGAGUUGACAUCUGCUGCAGACAGCCUUCAGUUGAAGCCAUUGGUUGAUCUUACAAGUCGUGCACUUGCCCGGAUAAUUGAAGGAAAAUCUCCAGAGGAGAUACGUGAAAUAUUUCAUUUGCCUGAUGAUCUAACUGAGGUGUCUGGUGCUUGUGAGAACUCUGAAGAGAAGUUGGAGCCCUUGAAAAACACAACUGAUGACCCAAGGAUCAGGCUUUUGAAUAGAUUGUAUGCCAAGAAGAGGAAAGAACUAAAAGAGCGUGAGAGGUUGAAGAGUGUUGAAGUUGAAGAAGAGCAUAUAGAUAAACGUUCCGUUGAUGAUCUGUUGUCUUUUAUUAAUGGAAAUGAUGAAGAUCAAAAGGGCAUUAAAACUUCUAAGAAUAAAAAGAAAAAUAGAAGGAAAAAAGAGCAACAUCAGAAGAACUCUUCUCUGAAGGAAGCUUCUGGAGUGAAUAAGAAGGAAGUAAAUGGUCAAAACAUCAGACCUCCAAAUUCUGAAGCUGAUAUAAUUGCUGAGACUUCAAUUUCACAUACUGAAGAUGUUUUUGCUCAUAAGGAGUUUGAUGAUGGAGAUAUAGAUGAUGGGAUUGAUCCUGCACUUAAGGAAAAAAUUGACAGUUUCAGAUAUUAACUAUAUGAUGAUAACAUCUUGAAUUAGUUACAACUGGAUAACUACCUUCACGAACUAUAACUAGCAUUCAUAGUCACAGACAGCUGUACAAUCUGCCUGCUCUUACACAAAAUUGGUGAACAUGUAUAGGGUAGAACCCAAUAGCUACUCUUCUUGCGUUAAUUGUCUUCUAUUGUUGUUUUAGGUAUAAAAGGUAACAUUUUUAUGUAAAGAGAUGCUAUAUAAAUGUGCUUUUAAGAUAAUGUCCAGCACACCUUAUGUGUUUGAUAACCAUU